AGGUGGCAACAGCGAAACCCCACUCAGACAACCGAUGUGUUGUAACCUGUCUUUUGAUGAAAAACACACGGCCAUGGAGGUACACCAUUUGCUACAUGGAAAACAACUGUGGACUACACUGAGACUAUUUCAAGAGAGUACAAAGUUUUUCAUAUCAUCUUGCUCAAAGGACUAAUAGCAAGGGCUACUUCCGGUAAACAUAUUCUAUUUUAAAAUGUACGGAUUACUACUGGAGGCCAUUGUCGAUUACAUCGUGGACAAUUAUGGCGAAGACAAAUGGGAACAAAUCCGCAAAGCUGCAAACCUUCAACAUACGACGUUUGCAACCCAUGGCAUAUACAGCGAAUCUAUUAUUUCAACUAUAGCUAAGGCCACGGCCGAACUGACAGGGGAAGACGUACGAGAUCUUAUGGAUUCGUUUGGUGUGAGCUUUGUGAGUUUUGUAGGUCAGUAUGGAUAUGAUAAGGUCCUGAAAGUGUUAGGCCGCAACAUGAGAGAUUUUCUGAGUGGUCUUGAUAACCUUCAUGAGUAUCUCCGCUUCAGUUAUCCAAAGUUGAAGCCGCCUUCUUUUUUCGUCGAGAACGAAACCCAAUCCGGGCUGACAUUGCACUACAGAAGUAGGAGAAAAGGAUUCACGAAUUAUGUUCAAGGUCAGAUUCGUCAAGUUGGUCGUUUGUUCUACAAUACAAAGAUUGCAAUUCAUGUUACAAGUGAGACAAGUUUGGGAGACCUAACCCAUGUAGUCAUGCGACUUACGUUUGACAACACAGCCUACAUCAAAAUGUUCAGGAACAUUGAUCAUAUAACAGAAUCACUGCCCUUGAGGUCGGACGUUUUCUUUGAAUUAUUUCCAUUCCAUAUUGUUUUCAACCGACAGCUACAGAUCAAAAGCAUUGGCGUUAGUCUGACGGCGAUAAUGCCAUAUAUCAAAGGGAAAAUGCUGAAAGAAAUCUUCCAACUAGUACGACCGUUAGUGGAUUUAACAUGGGAUAGUAUCAUGGCACAUACCAACAAUGUAUUUGAGAUAUCUUCAGAGAGUUGUGUGAUGCAGCAGAAUGAAACCAAGAACCUUAAAAACAAAGACCCAGAAGAGGAGUACACGCUUCACUUGAAGGGACAGAUGGUGUUCAUGCCGGAAUGGGAUUGUAUAAUCUUCAUGGGAACUCCAGUAAUGGAGAACCUGGAGGCCAUGGGCAGGGCGGGUCUGUAUAUCAACGAUUUGAGUAUGCAUGACUCUAGUCGCGACCUUGUACUGGCGGGAACCCAGCAAUCCGCGGAACUCAAGCUUGCUCUAGACCAGGAGCAACAAAAGAGUAAGAUAUUAGAGGAGAGUAUGCAGAAACUCGAUGAGGAGAUGAAGAGGACGGACUCUCUCCUUUACCAGAUGAUACCCAAGCCAGUGGCUGACCGACUUCGUAGCGGGGAAGAGUCAAUCAGCACGUGCGAAGUGUUCGACUGUCUGACGAUCGUGUUCAGUGAUGUCGUCGGUUUUACAGCCAUUUGUAGCCAGAUAUCCCCGAUGGACGUGGUAUCUAUGCUAAACGCAAUGUACACCAAGUUUGAUAACCUCAGCGAGCUGCACAAAGUAUACAAGGUCGAAACCAUUGGUGAUGCUUACAUGGGGGUGGCAGGUGCUCCAGAUGUGACGAAAUUUCACGCAGCCAGCAUCUGUAAUAUGGCACUGGACAUGCUGGUAACCAUGACCGAUCUCAUCAACCCAACUUCCGGCGAGAGUAUGAAAAUCAGAGUUGGUAUCCAUAGCGGGAUGGCGGUGGCAGGGGUAGUCGGAGUGAAGAUGCCACGCUACUGUUUGUUCGGCGAUACUGUCAACACCGCAUCCAGAAUGGAGACUAAUAGUGAGGCGAACAAAAUACAUAUCAGCGAGACCACGAGAACUGAGAUCGAUUCUAUGCCGUACAAAGUGGAGGAACGAGGCACAGUAGAAGUCAAGGGAAAGGGUCACAUGAAGACGUACUGGUUACUGGGGACAAUGGGAGAGGUGAUUAUACCGUAUUCGGAGACACCCCCUCCCGAUAUGGGUCGACCAGGAUCGCUAAAAUCGCCAUCACACCUUCAUAGAGCAAUGUACUCACCCGUAUCCAUCGAUGACAGUUCAAGGUCGGGCAUUUCUACACCUCACUCAAGGUCACCAACACCAGUACGAAGAAGUAAGAAGCUUCAAAAUGAUAAAAACAUGAAUAAUAAUAAAGCCACGACAGUCCAGCAUCUGGAGGUAAAAGAAAUCGAAAAGGAACCGAAGAAAGUUGAAGUCGAUAACACCAAACAAAUGCCAGACAAUAAAUCUAUUCCUCCAAGUAAGGAGUCGAGAUCGGGGGUUAAGGAAACCCCAAAUCCAAAGAAGGCAACACUGUCGAAGGAAAAUUCAAAAAAGGAAUCGAAAGUAAACGUUAAAGAAAAACAGAAGAGUGUUCCGAAAAGUAUUGCUCCCGAUACGGAAGUUAAGAACGGUUUAAAAGAUACCACGAAAAAGGACGAAAAAGCAGCUCCGAAAGUCGAAAAACCAGCACAGAAUGCGCAACAAGUUGUUAAAAAUACCACAGAUGAAAAGAUCGAAAAGACCAAAUCUGUUCCGAAUGCAUCUGUAAAUAUAUCUGGCCCCGCUUCCUCGGCACCAAACAUUUCCACCAACGCGACCAUCCAAAACGCCCCCUAGUACACCCCGUAAGACGGUUGAUUUGGUUGCCAUGGAAAAACAACUAAAAGCAGACGCAGAAUCAUUGGCUAAUAAUGGUUACGUUUCAUUGGAAACAUCAUUACAUAAAGUAGCACAAUUCGAAAAUACUCCAGUAGCUCCAGUGGCGCCACCAACAACACGGGAGACAACUCUGUCCAAUAACGCACCUAAAUAUAUCGAGCCAGAACCUGUCACAGCAGCCAUCGAACAGCCCAAAACGAGGCCGUUAGAACAGAGUCAGACGUGCGUUUUAUUGUGAUAAUUUAUUUUAUUUGAAAUUUCAAGAUCUCAUUGAUAUUCAAAAUGGCGGUCCUAUAAUGAUUUUAUGUUGCUUUUCGACGAGCCUUGACAAACACUUCCAAUGACAGACGGUGUGUCUACAUACUCGAACAGGCCCUAGGACGUUUCACUUUGUUGUGAUUUAUAUUUAUAAAAUAUAACGCGAUUCAUUGUUUCUUCAAAUUUCGUGAAAUGUAUUGUAGAAAAAAAAAUCAUGUUUCCGUAGCAAUAUGUAAUUACAUGAACGAAGUUUCACAGCUAUGUAUAUUUUAAAGAAAUGAACGUAAAAACAAUGGAUUUUCUCAAAUGGAACACAAAAUAACGUCUCAAACCCAAGACGCAACCAAUAUUUUAUAAACAUUUGUCUGUCAGGAUAUAAACAAAUAUUUGUUUAUUUUAUAAUUUAUAUAUUAUCAUAUAUUUAUGUGAAUUGUAAAUACUUUAAACAUGUCUUCUCAUACGGGUGAUCGCCAUACUGUGGUAAUGCCUCUCUGUGUCCUGUCACGGGUCCAUCACAGAUAUCGAUGAAAUGCUCGCGGACCACCUUAAUGAAUACCACGUGUUAUAAUACUUUAAUAUACGUGAAUUGUGUUAUUUUCGCGGGAAUUUUGGAGGAUUGACUAUCCCCUUUAAUCAAACUAUUACGUAUGACGUCACAGCUAUCUCUACUUUAAUAUAUGAGUAAUUCUUUUCAGCAUCAUCAUUUGUACUUGUAGUGGUUGUGUGUGUAUAUAUACAUUUAGUAUAUUUAUAGAGAGAGGUAAAUGUUAUUUACAGUCCCGAUCGUCAGUGAGGGAUGCUUUAGCGUAAAACUAAUGAAACCGAAACAGUUGAACGGGCUCAAACUAAAGAUUUACAAUAGUUACAUGUUCAGGUCGGAACCGAGUUUGGCAGUAGGGAUUCGCCUAUUCACCGGGUAAAGCCAUUGUUCUGUCGGCUUUAGUUAGUUACUGAUUUACCGACUACACGACUCUACGUUUUGCCUAGACUAUAGUCAGUGUUAUGUCGGCUAUAGUUUCUGGCUUACCACCUAUAUGACUCCGCCUUUUGCUAGAUUUCAUCUCACUGACUAUAGUCAGUGUUCUGUCGGCUUUAGUUAGUUCCUGGGUUAUCGCCUACACGACUCCACCUUUUGCUAGACUAUAGUCAGUGUUCUGUCGGCUUUAUCAAGUUACUGAUUUACCACCUACACGACUCCGCCUUUUCUACGUUUUACCUCACCGUCUAUUAUUCUGUCGUCAUUAAAACCUGACAAUUUAUAUUAUCCGGAUCAGCAGACAUGGAUUGUGGGUUAGUUUACCGCGGGUACUUCCGGAUCCGUGAGACGUUUGUUUGUUGGUUAUGCCUAAAAGCUUAAUGGUACAAAUCUGUCUCUUUCACUUAUUAUUAGUUCGAAGGUAAACGGAAACGACACAGUCUGAUUUUCCUAAUUACACAGCCUAUGUUUUUUUGAGUGAUGAAAUUUCAACACAGAUUUUCAUCGCGUUUGAUAAAUAUUAUUAAAUCCAAAAUGUAGAUAUCUUUUAUUUU